AUGCAAAUUCACCUCUCUACAUCUACCCGGCCCCUAGCACCUCUCCACACCCUGGCCUCCAUGCCAUUCAGCAGGGAAGUGCGCGGUGAAGUGAGAGAGAGAGAGAGAGAGAGACCGUGUGUGUACCUUGCUGACAUUAAUACCAAGGACCGUUCGAGAGAGAGAGAGAGAGAGAGAGAGAGAGAGAGAGAGAGAGAGAGAGAGAGAGAGAGAGAGAGAGAGAGAGAGAGAGAGAGAGAGAGAGCUCCCACCUGUUCUGUAUGA